AUGUCGUUGGAGCCACCAACCUACCUCAGCUCGCUGCAGAACAACAUCCGCGCUCGGCCAAUUCCGUGGGAGGGCGCUGUCCGCGCGGGCAACAUCACCGAUGACCACCUCAAGAAGAUCAAGGCUGUGGACAAGGUGCGCAAGGAGCAGCGCAUUCAGACAAUAGAGGCAGACCUUCCGGGUUACACAAGCCUGCUGGCUGGUGGCUCGCACGGAAAGAGUGUCUUGGAGUCGGCCUCUCGGAGGACCGAUAUCGUGCAAUACAUCUUGGUACUGGCAUCGGACUUGAUUCAGGAUGUUCCCUCUCUCGCCGACUCCCUCGUUUCGCACCCUGAGCCGUACAAGCCGUUCCUGCCGUUCCUGCACCACUCCACGAACGCCGAAGACCCCAUCCCGCUGCUCACAUCAACUUUCCUCACUUUACUUGUGUCGCACAGUCUCGUCUCGUCCUCCAAACCCGCCCCCCGUGACGAUGAAGCCCUCCCACAGCUGUAUACGUACCUCUCCACCCUGACCAAGAACCAUGAUAGUGGACUCCAGGACAUUGGAGUCCAGGGAUUCUCGGAGCUCCUUAGGAAGACACGCUCUCGCGAGAUCUUCUGGAACCACCGCAAGGAAACCUUGGACCCUUUGAUUGAUACUCUGCGUGCUGCUGCGGGAGUUAAAGAGAAUAGUGGUACACCGGGAAGCAACACACGUGGCAGUGAGCCUGGGCUUGCCGGCGGUGUUGGCCUUCAGCUGCUCUACCGGGUGCUUCUUGUAGUGUGGCAGCUUACAUUUGAGAGUGCACUUGUUGGCGAAGAGCUGCAAGAGAACUAUGAGAUUAUCCAACUCUACACCCAACUCCUCCGCCUCUCGCCGAAGGAGAAGACCACUCGACUGCUCCUCUCAACCCUGUAUAACCUCUUUUCGAGUAACCGGACAACCUUGCUCCCUGUGGCUGUGUUUGUCCGUCUGCCCGCACUCCUUACCAACUUGGCUGGUCGCCACCUGACCGACCCCGACCUUCUUGAAGACCUAAACGCCCUGUCUACCAUGCUGGAAGAGUACACCAAGACCCAGACAACAUUCGACGAGUACGCCGCGGAGGUCCAAUCUGGUCAUUUGCGCUGGUCCCCCCCUCACAAGAACCCGACCUUUUGGAAGGACAAUGCUCGCCGGAUCUUGGAUGAGUCCAACGGCGCGCUACCCAAGAAGCUUGCAGAAAUCUUGUCGAAGAGCUGGGACAACGACAAGCAGGUUCUGGCCAUUGCCUGUAACGAUGUGGGGCAUCUCGUGAAGGAACUCCCAGAACGGCGCACGCAACUAGAGCGGAUCGGCCUGAAGACGCGAGUGAUGGAGCUGAUGGCUGACAAGGACGAGACGGUGCGAUGGGAGAGUUUGAGGGCCGUGGGCGAGUGGCUCCGAUAUACCUUCGACAAAUGA